UGUGUGGUGUCCUUUCUUACAGGUGAGACGUACAGGUGAAUCGGGAUUCUCUUAUCGUGAAACUGACCACAUUGCCAUCUCAUACUAGACAACCAUUUGGAACAGUUGAAAUUAACUGAACAAGACAUGGAUGAUACAAGCAGGCAACUCCUGGUGAAGGGCCUGACAUCUUUCCCGAAGUACAUACCAACUUGGUACAAUUAUGAUGAAGUCGGAUCAGAGCUAGAAGACAAGUGUACCAUAGAUAACACAGGCUAUUACUUAAGACGUAGCCAAAUCUCCAUUCUGGAAACAUCGGUACAGGACAUUAUCCCAUCCGUUCCAUACGAUUUCUCAUUGGUUGACCUGGGAAGCGGAAGUUGUACUAAGACAAGAUAUUUUCUGGAUGAAAUGCUGCUACGACAGAAACAGUUAACGUUUUACCCAGUUGACAUCUCAGGAGAUUUUCUGAUGAAAACUGUGGAACAAAUUUCAAGUGAAUACGGGGAGAAUUUAACGAUAUCGCCGGUGACAGCAAGUUAUGAAAGCGGCCUAGAACAUCUACGGUAUGAGGACGGUCCAAAGAUUAUUCUAUGGUUCGGUAGCAUCAUCAAUUUAUCAUAUGAAGACCAAGUUGAUAAACUCAAGUUGAUAUCAAGUAUGAUGACAGAUAAAUGUCAUCUGGUAUUUAGCGUUGACAUAACACAAGACAAGAAAGCGGUGCUUAAGGCAUACAACGAUGAAGCAGGUCUUGAGAAGAAGUUCUUUCAAAAUGGGGUUUUAAGACUGAACAGAGAUGAACACAGCCAAAUCCAUCUCGACAAAUUCCAUUAUAAGUUUGAUUUUAUCUCCGAUCCGUCUCCUAAAUACAUGAGCUACUUCAGAGCAUACAUACAGGCAAAGGAGCACCUUUACUAUUCGAUUCCUGGGCUUAACCUGGAUAUCGAAUUCGAGAAAGGCGAGCGCCUGUAUUUACAUGAAGGUCAGGGAGUAAGCUGUAAAUACACCAAGGAGCAAAUACAGAACCUGACAGCUAGGGCUGGGCUCCUACUUACAGACACAUGGACGGACGAAAAACAACACGCCAUGUUCUGCCGAUGUAAAAUUCAAUGAUAUAUACCUUUUUCCGUGUUUCGAACGUCAGGGUAGUGUUAACUUUAUUAAAGUUGACUUCAUAAGCAAACGCAAACGUAAAUGCAGUUUACUGCAGAUGAUUACUAGCUUCGCUUACACUUAUUUUCGCAAACUGACGUCUCUGUACUUACGCGAGGACUUUACUCUUCGUAUUUAUCUUACUCUAAGCAUAAAUAAGUGUACGCGUGAUUCUUGCAUUGCAAUCAAUAUUUAACGCGAGUUAACGCGAAAACAACAGUGGCGCGAAAAAUAAUUUACCUACUGUAUAUAGAUUAAAAGUUUGAAGACAGCAAUAUCUAUUAAUGAAUGAAAGGAAUAAGCUAUCGAUACCCAUUAUACAUGUGUUGAAUCAUCACUGUCUUGUAAAUAAUCUUAAUGCAUCAUUUCAUUGUGUAGCUUUCUUUCAUGGACAACAUAUUCCGAUGAAAAUCUUUUGUUAAGGAGAUUCAUGUCAAAAUGACGCAGCGUAUAUCAUAACGACGUGUUGAACACAUUAGGAUUUUAGACAUUUUGAAAUGAUAUCUCUAGUGUUUCACGUUUAAUUUGACUAUUGUAAAAACAUUUAUUGCAUUUGAGCUUUAUUUCGGUACUGGAAUUUUAGCGCUGCACGCAUUGAAGGAACACUCUUGUCAUUGAAUAUUUUUCUUUGUUUCAAACAUAUGAAACAUUGACCUGUGUUAUUUAAUAAUUUGCUUUUUACAACGAAAAUUCCAGUGACACUAAAUUGCUUCGAAAUCUAACUAUUACUCGAGGAAACAUGCUUGUAUUCCUAUUAACAGCUGAAAUGGGGUUUUUAUCCUUUCAUUUUUAAGUGGCAUAAACGAAAAGGGUUGGUUUUUACAUUGUCUAAAAUUCAAUCUUGUAGGUUUUAGUCAAUGAUUAGAAGCGUAUACUUCGUAGAAAACUGCAGUGUAUGUUUCUACCCUUCUAAAAUAUGUUUUAGUUUUGUUGUUUUUUUUGUUUUGUUUUUAUUUUUGUUUUCAAUUAAUUAUAUCUUUAUAGCAAUAAUCAUCAAAACCAAAAGGUGCUGUUCUUAAAUAACAGGCUUUUUUGUAUAUACAUAAAACUCUAUUAGCAUAAUGUUGUAUGCAUUCAUUAUAUUAUUUUCAGUGUAUUGUGUAAUUACAUAUCAUGCAAAAUAUGUCCAAUGAUAUUUUUUCUAGAAUAUGUACACUGACAAUAAUUGCUAUUUGCUAUUAAGAAAACAAUUACGUGUUUCUACAGCAAAAGCUCACCGUGGAAAGCAUAGAAAUUCACUAUUUGAUUGAGAUAAUAAGAAUGAUAUAACCUUAUAUGACGACUUUAUAUGUGAUGCAUUAUAAAUAUAUAUGUACAAAAUUGUAUAUACA